AUGGAUAGUCACACUGUCAUAGUAAAGUAUAUUAAACACCUUCACUCCGAUUGGCCCUCUGUUGUUUUGUCACUCCUGUCCAUUCUGCUCUGCACACACUCUCAUACAUUUCUCUCUCUCUUAGUCUUAGAGAUAUGGCCAAAGCUCCUCUGUUUCUACCUCUUGUCUUCUCCUUCAUCUUCAUCUCUACUCAAUCAGCAAUCUCUCUCAUCCACCCUACUGAUUUUGCCGCAUUACGACUGAUCAAGAACUCCCUCACCGACGUUCCCUCCUCCGCCCCCCGCUUCUUCUCCUCCUGGAACUUCUCCUCUGCUUCCGUCGACCCCUGCUCCUCCUUCGCCGGCGUCACCUGCUCCUCCUCUUCCUCCCGCGUCACCAUCCUCACACUAGGCACUGGCCUGUCCGGCUCCCCUGGCCUCGCCGGCACCCUCUCUCCCGCAAUUGCGCAGCUCUCCGAGCUCAACCAGCUCAUUCUCUUCGCCGGCAUUGUCACCGGGCCUAUUCCGCCGCAGCUCUCCUCCCUCCGCAACCUCAAAGUCAUCUCCCUCACCAACAACCGCUUGACGGGAGAAAUCCCUGCCGGAAUCUUCCGCCUGCCGAAUCUCCACACCCUUGACCUCAGCCGCAACCAGCUCUCCGGCGCAAUUCCGCCAUCCAUAGCCGGUUUGGGUCAGCUCAAAGUCCUGGUUUUAGCCUCCAAUAAAUUCUCCGGCCAAAUUCCUCGCUUCUUCCCGAGCCAACUUCUGCACCUGGAUCUCAGCGACAACUUCCUCUCCGGAACGCUGCCGCCGCAAAUGCCGGCGCUGCUCCGUUACCUGUCUCUAUCCAACAACCGCAUGUGGGGCCCACUCAACGGCCUGGAAUCGCUCUCCGAGCUGGCGUACCUGGACCUGAGCAUGAACCAAUUUGGUGGGCCCAUCCCGAGAUCCCUCUUCCGCCCCAGCAUCACAUCAAUGCUCCUCCAACGGAACAAUUUAUCAGGCGGGGUCCCACAAUCCCCGCCGUGGCCGCCCGCCGUGGGCUCCACCGUGGACCUCAGCCACAACUUCCUGACGGGGGAACUAACAACCGCGCUGAUUGGGGCGGAGACGCUGUUCCUGAACAACAACCGCCUGACGGGCGGCGUUCCCGAGGAGUACGUGGAGAGCGUGGAGGCGGGCACCAUGAAGACCCUGUACCUCCAGCAUAAUUACAUCACGGGAUUCCCGCUGGAGGUGGGGGCCGAGCUUCCAGACACGGCGGCGGUGU